AUGAUCAGCGUUAUCGGCGCAGCGAUGCCCAUUGUUUCAAUCGUCGCCUUGUAUUUCAUCAAGACAGAGGAAGGCCGUAUCGGUGCGAUGGCUGCUUUCACGAUCCUAUUUGCGUUCGUCCUUGCUACGUGCACGAAUGCUAGAAGAUUGGAGAUAGCAGCGUCGACAGCCGCUUUUGCUGCAGUAGAAGUGGUCUUCAUUGGUAGCGAUUUAGGCAAAUCUUGA